UGUCUAGUUCCCGCUCAAACUCCGACCCUUAAACUUAAACUUUUUCGACAAAUUACACGCUUUUGUUGAGUUCGGACGUGCUCAUUAAGGUUAUUCCGAAGUAAAUGUUAAACCCGGAACACUACACGCCCGCUCGACUUCCCUGGGAUCGCUCGAACUCAGAUCAAGUUAAAGUGCGGGUCAUCGCGGGACGUGUCAACACCAACUCCCAAAAUGCAUCUUCGACAAAUGUUAGUUCUUGCAAUCACCAUCGCCUGCGCCCAUGGUCAAGGACCAGCAGGUCCAACAGCACGUUACAGCACGAAGACUGGAUACGAAACGAGCUUCGAACCGGGAACCGACGAAAAGGCCCAGCGGUUGAGGGACUGGCAGGCGAUAGCUCGAGAUGUCGGGGAGAGCGAGUCGUUGACCGGCUGCAAUCCAGCAGGCGUCUAUGUAGUCCAUCGACAUGGACUCCGCUACCCAAGCGAUGGCGAUAUCGAAGAUUACAAUGCCAUCUUGGCGAGGAUGAAACUGACCGGCGUCAACGACGAGUUCGACUACCUGCUCAACAUCACGGAUAACCUCUAUCCGAUAGCUCUGGAAGGCUCUCUACAUCCUGCUGGGUUUGCUGAAAUGGAAGAGUUGGGUACAAGAAUUAAACAGCGUCUUCCAGAAUUGUUCGUCGAAGAUGGUCUCUCUGGAUUCGACUUCCAAGGCACGUACCGACAGCGGACGAUCGACAGCGCUCAAGGUUUCAUCAACGGUCUUCAAGGUCCGGAAGCAAAUUGUACCGUCUCGAGCAAAUCGUCAACAAGGGACGAAUUAACUUGUACGUUCAAUUCGACGACGAACGCUGAAACAGUAGUCAUCGACCACGCACUCGAAGGCGAAGACCUCCUGUUGAAGUUCUACGAGAGCUGUACCAACUUCAUCACCGACGUCGACGAAAACGAUGCCGCGGUGAUCGAAGUUGAUAGGUUCGGUGAGGGACCAGAACUCACAUCGGCCUAUCAAUCGGUGGCCAAUAAACUCGCCCCCAUAGGAUGGACAUCACCAUGGAACAUGACAAAAGAUGACCUUGAAGUAAUGCAUCAUAUGUGUGGCUAUGAAAGUGGAUUCUAUGGUUCCUCCCCUUGGUGCAACCUCUUUUCAAAUAACGAGUCUUUGGCAGUUGAAUACUGGCUUGAUCUUAAACAGUACUGGACAGAGGGUUAUGGCUACGACAUCAAUCACCAAAUGGCCUGCCCACUCGUUGAUGAUAUCCUUAACUAUAUGACUUCAGUUAUGACAAAUAGAACCCAUAGAGGCAGUUUCAAGUUCGGCCAUUCAUCUACUUUUCAACCUUUACUGGCGAUUCUCGGCCUGUACAUGGACACGCCCAAACUACUCGCCAGCAACUAUGACGUCAGCGUGAACCGCGCCUGGAGAAGCGGUCGUAUAUCACCGAUGUCCGGUCACCUAAGCUUCAACGUUUUCCAGUGUCCUAGCGAGCAGUACCGCGUACUGGUUCUUCACAACGAACUCCCGAUCAAGGUCGGAAACUGCGAGGAUUUCUUCUGCGCAUAUGACGAGGUGGAGUCGCAUCUCACAACCUCUUCGGAUGGUUGCCAAUGGGACGCCCUCUGCGGGACCGAUGGAUUGUACCCCGGAGUCGGUGGCGCUGAAGCUCUUUCAAAGGUGUCCAUUUUAACACUAAUAUGUGCUCUAAUUGUGUCUUUCUCUUCGUCGCCAUUGAGCAUAUGUUAAUUGUAUUUCUUUAUCUUCCUUUUUAAACGAUCAAUGCUGAACACUCUAUUGAUGGGGUUUCUUUGAAUAUACUGAUGACGUAGUCUUUUAAGUCGUGCAUGUGUACAAAUGUGAAUAAUUUGCGUACUUAAGGCUACACCUUAAUAGCAGGGCCCACUGGGAGAACAGUUUUCGGAACUGAAGUGGCUACCCUGGGUAAAUAUGCCGCUAUUAUUAUAAUUAUUACACCUAGAUUAUCAUAACUGUCAACUUCAAGGAUCGAUGCCACUCAAUAUCAAACUUCAUUGAGUGGUAAUAUUAUUUCUACUCUCUUUUCAUCCAUAGAUGUUCGAGUGCACAAUCUAUAAACUCUGUCAACAACAAACCAUCGCAAUCCUGGUUCAUAGCACAAUUUUCUUUUGUAAGGGGCAUUUUUACUAGAUGAACACUUUAAUAUCUUGCAAAAGGAUUUGUUCCUGGCAGCGAUAAUUGUCUAAAAUAUUCCUGCUUGCGAUUUGGGGGGCAUUUUAGUGGUAUACAGGGCAGCGUUCUUGGAGAGCAGGGAUCAGUCCUAUGAAAUAAAAGUAGUGGACAAAGAGGGGAAAGGAUGAAGAAAAAGAUAUAUAAACAAAGAAAAAAACACAGUCGGAAAAAUUGAGAUCUGGGCGUCGUUGUAUAAAAGUUAGUGUCAUGGUAACUUCCAAGGAACGAUUGAUUUCGAUUGGCUGAUGAAUUACCAUGAAAGACACCAUUGGAUGGCAAAGUUUCUAUAAUAGUAAGUUUUGUGCAACUGGACCCUGGGUAUUUAUUUUUUUAUUCAAUUGAGGAAAAAAAAGCUACACCACUGAUGCUAUACCUGUUACUAUUUUGUCCACAGGUCAUAUUCAAAUGAAGAUGGAUGCGCUGCUAUUUGUUUUGAUUGGUAUUGGGGGUACUCGGGCAAAGUAGCAAUCCUUGGGCUUGGUGAAGAUUGAACGGAGAUCUGGCAAUCUUAGUUCAGUCGCGAUGCACAGUCUAUGCAUGGAAUCGUACAAACGAGACCCUUGCUUCUCAUAUUUUCAACCGAUGCAUCGCGAUGAUCGUGAGUUCCCCGCACGAGCUACAUGUGCAUUAUUGUGUGACCUUUAAAGGUCAAGUCCACCCCAGGAAAAUGCUGAGUUGAAUAAAUAGAGAAAAAUCAAACUAGCUUAGUGCUG